AUGUCGCCUCUCAGCCAAAUAUCACGUCCCCUUGUCCGCAGUUCCAGCAACAUGCGAUCUUUCUCGAUUGCCGUCCCUGCUCGACGCGAGGGACAAAUGAUCAAUCCCAAGCCCCGUGGAUAUCUGGCCGAGACCCAGCCGACGCAACCUGAACAGCCCGAGACAUACCAGAUGGUGCGGCAGAAGAUGCUCGAACACCGUCGUCAUCUCGACGAACUGGACCAAUAUCUGUGA